CCCACCAACUCAUAUCAUCUAGAAGCCCUCUCUUUCUCUCUCUAAAAGGGGUCAAAAGCCUAUAAAAAUCACACUCAGAGCUGCUUCCACGCCGGCCUUAUUGCCCCAUCGACAGACUCGUCGCAUACGCUCUCCCAUUUCUCUUCCUUUCAAUAUGGGAAGGUCUCCCUGUUGUGAGAAAGCCCACACCAACAAAGGUGCUUGGACCAAAGAAGAAGACGAUCGCCUCAUCGCUUAUAUCCGAGCUCAUGGCGAGGGUUGCUGGCGCUCCCUCCCCAAGGCCGCCGGCCUCCUCCGCUGCGGCAAGAGCUGCCGCCUCCGCUGGAUCAACUACCUCCGCCCCGACCUUAAACGCGGCAAUUUCACUGAGGAAGAAGACGAGCUCAUCAUCAAACUCCAUAGUCUUCUCGGUAACAAGUGGUCUCUAAUAGCCGGACGAUUGCCGGGAAGAACAGACAAUGAGAUAAAGAACUACUGGAACACCCACAUCAGAAGGAAGCUUCUGAACAGAGGAAUCGACCCUUCCACUCACAGGCCUCUGAAUGAGUCCCCCAAUUCCGCCCAGAACAAUCAAGAAGCCACCACCAUCUCUUUCGCCUCCCAUGUCAAACAAGAGAGUGAUGACAGCAAGGCGAACGUGUUUGCGGAGCUUUGCAGGGAUGCGAAAAAGGGCGUCGCACUAGAACGAUGCCCUGACCUCAACCUGGAGCUCACCAUUAGUCCUCCUCAUCAAAACCAGGAGGCGGAGGAUGAAGUUCAUCAGCCCAUACUCAAGAGUGGUGGAGGAAGAAGAAGCCUUUGUUUCGCUUGCAGUUUGGGUUUGCAGAACAGCAAGGAUUGCAGCUGUGGAAUUGUUGGCAACAUCAACGGCAGCACUAGUGGAAGUAGUAGCACUGGUGGGUAUGAUUUCUUGGGGUUGAAAAGUUCUGUUUUGGAUUACAGAAGCUUGGAGAUGAAAUGAAACAACAAGCUACAGCAUAUCAUUAUUGUAGAGCAGGAAAAACAGAGUGGGAGAGAAAUGAGGGAGAGUGAUGCUUAAUUGUUAAUUUUGAAGCCUCUUAAUUUUCUUUUCUUCUCCAAAUGGUAUAACCGAUUACUGAUGCAUAGGAUAAUAUAGUUUAAGCCGUACAGUUGAAGCCA